AUGCUACGAUGGGAUGCUGCAAGAUGCAACGAUCCCCCUAGGGAUGCUGCAAGAUGCUACGAUCCCCCUAGGGAUGCUGCAAGAUGCUACGAUCCCCCUAGGGAUGCUGCAAGAUGCAACGAUCCCCCUAGGGAUGCUGCAAGAUGCUACGAUCCCCCUAGGGAUGCUGCAAGAUGCUACGAUCCCCAUAGGGAUGCUGCAAGAUGCAACGAUCCCCCUAGGGAUGCUGCAAGAUGCAACGAUCCCCCUAGGGAUGCUGCAAGAUGCUACGAUCCCCCUAGGGAUGCUGCAAGAUGCUACGAUCCCCCUAGGGAUGCUGCAAGAUGCUACGAUCCCCCUAGGGAUGCUGCAAGAUGCAACGAUCCCCCUAGAGAUGCUGCAAGAUCUGCUUUCGUGCAACAGGUCGUAAGAUCUCCAUGCUACGAUCCCCCUAGAGAUGCUGCAAGAUGCAACGAUCCCCCUAGGGAUGCUUCAAGAUGCUACGAUCCCCCUAGGGAUGCUGCAAGAUGCUACGAUCCCCCUAGGGAUGCUGCAAGAUGCUACGAUCCCCCUAGAGAUGCUGCAAGAUGCAACGAUCCCCCUAGGGAUGCUUCAAGAUGCUACGAUCCCCCUAGGGAUGCUUCAAGAUGCUACGAUCCCCCUAGGGAUGCUGCAAGAUGCUACGAUCCCCCUAGGGAUGCUGCAAGAUGCAACGAUCCCCCUAGGGAUGCUGCAAGAUGCAACGAUCCCCCUAGGGAUGCUGCAAGAUGCUACGAUCCCCCUAGGGAUGCUGCAAGAUGCUACGAUCCCCCUAGGGAUGCUGCAAGAUGCUACGAUCCCCCUAGGGAUGCUGCAAGAUGCUACGAUCCCCCUAGGGAUGCUGCAAGAUGCAACGAUCCCCCUAGGGAUGCUGCAAGAUGCUACGAUCCCCCUAGGGAUGCUGCAAGAUGCAACGAUCCCCCUAGGGAUGCUGAAAGAUGCAACGAUCCCCCUAGGGAUGCUGCAAGAUGCAACGAUCCCCCUAGGGAUGCUGCAAGAUGCAACGAUCCCCCUAGGGAUGCUGCAAGAUGCAACGAUCCCCCUAGGGAUGCUGCAAGAUGCAACGAUCCCCCUAGGGAUGCUGCAAGAUGCUACGAUCCCCCUAGGGAUGCUGCAAGAUGCUACGAUCCCCCUAGGGAUGCUGCAAGAUGCUACGAUCCCCCUAGGAAUGCUUCAAGAUGCUACGAUCCCCCUAGGGAUGCUUCAAGAUCUGCUUUCGUGCAACAGGUCGUAAGAUCUCCGUGCAAUAAGAAGGAUUAA